AUGGCUCGGAGGAUGAGCAUCAACGAACUGGAGGACCAGCUACUCUGUCCCAUCUGCUUGGAGGUCUUCAAAGAGCCCCUGAUGCUGCAGUGUGGGCAUUCGUACUGCAAGUCCUGCGUGGUGUCACUCUCUGGGGAGCUGGAUGGGCAGUUCCUGUGCCCCGUGUGCCGCCAGAUGGUGGACUGCAGUGCCUUAUCGCCCAAUGUCACGCUGGCCCGUGUCAUCGAGGUGCUGCAGAGCCGCUGCGAGGCAGAGCCCACCCCGGAGUCCUGCCCAACGCACCACAACCCCCUCAGCCUCUUCUGUGAGGCUGACCAGGAGGUGAUCUGCGGGCUGUGCGGCACCAUCGGCAACCACCGCCAGCACAAGAUCACCCCCAUCUCUACCGCGUACUGCCAGAUGAAGGAGGAGCUGUCUGUGCUGCUGACCAAUCUCCAUCAGUACAAGAGGAACCUGGACGAACACUUCAGCAAGCUCAUCAAUAACAAAAGCCGCAUCGCAAAUGAGGUGGAUGUCUUCAAGUGGGUGAUCCGGAAGGAGUUCCAGGAGCUGCACAGGUACAUUGACGAGGAGAAGGCCACCUUCCUGGAGAGCAUUGAGGGGAAGGCAACCCAGCUCAUCACCUCUAUUGAGUCCCAGGUCAAGCAGACAUCAGACACCCUGCAGAGGCUUAAGGAGAUGCAGAGCUCUCUGGAGGCGCUCAGCAAUGAAAGUCAGCUUGAUUUCAUCCGGAAAUACGGCUCCUCCCAGUUCAGGUCAGAGCUCCUCAGCCUGCACCCUGGUGAUGGCGUCUUUAGCCCUGUGUCCUUUAAGCCGUGCUUCCACCAGGAUGACAUCAAGAUGACUGUGUGGAAGCGCCUGCAUCGCCGUGUCCUGCCAGGUACCCCCUGCCCCCUGGCAGCACACCGGGUGCCCGGGCUCGCUGGUUUGUGGGACCGGCUGCCCAGCCACCAUCGCACUGCCCCACCCUCUGUCUUGCCCUCUGCUUGCGUGCUCCUUGCCUCGGGAGAACUCCUGGAGCAGUGGCUGGUCAUGUCUCAUCUGCUUCCAGUUCAGUGCCAGCUUGUGGCAGUGCUCUGCCAGACCCCUGCCUGCUGGGGUGCCUGAAGCCCACAUGCUUUCCUUUCAGUUCCAGAGACACUGAAACUGGACCCAGUGACAGCACAUCCUCUCCUGGAGCUCUUCAAAGGUGACACAGUGGUGCAGUGUGGGCUCUACCAGCACCGGGACAGCAACCCCAAGCGUUUUGACUCCAGCAAUUGCAUCCUCACCUGCAAGGGCUUCUCCUGUGGCCAGCACUACUGGGAGGUGAUUGUGGGCACCAGGAACCACUGGCGCGUGGGCAUCAUCAAGGGCACAGUCAGCCGCAAAGGGAAGCUCAGCAAGUCUCCUGAGAAUGGCGUGUGGCUCAUUGGUCUGAAGGAAGGGAAGGUCUACGAGGCCUUCAGCAUGCCACGGGUCACCCUGCCUCUGACCGCCCGGCCCCAGCGCAUCGGCAUCUAUCUGCACUAUGAGAAGGGCGAGCUGAGCUUCUACAAUGCUGACAACCCUGACGAGCUCAGCCCCAUCUACACCUUCCAGGCAGAGUUCCAGGGCCAGCUCUACCCCAUCGUGGACCUGUGCUGGCCGGAGCGAGGGCCCUAUUCGCCUCCCAUCAUCCUGCCCAUGCCCACUGUGAGCAGGCACCCUCAGGUGCUGAAGAGCCAUCCAGCCCCUGAGGAACACAUGAAGCCGUAG